GCGCUGGGCGGCAACAAUGCCCAGCCUGUGUCAUCUGCCUAGCUGCUUCGAACACUACACGGCAGUGGGCUUCGCCGAUGGUCGGUGUCUCCGUGGCCUCUCGCUCGUGAAUCCCGGCCAAGCGCAAAAGUCUUGAAGCAUAAUGAGCAACGGGAACCGGGAGCUGCCGACGCGCACCGUGUCCUCCGCCCAGUGCCUCAUCCGCGAAGGUUACACGGUGGGCAGGACCAUUGGCGAGGGAUCCUACUGCAAAGUCAGGGAGAUCAGCAAGGGCCAAGAACGGUAUGCGGUGAAAAUCAUCGCCAAGAAUCAGACGUCCUCGGACUUCGUAAAUCGGUUCCUUCCACGGGAGCUGGACAUCCUCCCACGGAUUGAGCAUCCCAACAUCGUCAAAGUGUAUCGCAUUCUACAGGUACGCGAAAAAGUAUUCAUCAUCAUGGAGCUCGCAGAGCAUGGAGACCUCCUCGACCACAUUCGCAACCACGGGCGCAUCGGAGAAGACCGAGCGCGGCGCUAUUUCGGCCAGCUUGCGAGUGCGCUCAACUACCUACACGGCAAGAACAUUGCUCACCGGGACCUCAAGUGCGAGAACGUCCUUCUAAAAGACGAAAACACGGUCAAGCUCACGGACUUUGGCUUCAGUCGAUUCUGCCACGACUUAAGCGGUAAGCGGGUGCUCAGCUCGACGUACUGCGGAAGCGCCGCAUACGCGUCUCCAGAGGUCCUUCAGGGCAUCCCGUACAACCCCAAGAUGUACGACGUCUGGUCCCUGGGUUGCAUCCUCUUCAUCAUGGUCACCGGGACGAUGCCCUUCGACGACACCAACAUCAAGACCCAAAUCCGGCUUCAGAUGCACCGUGACGUUCGCUUUCCUUCAAACUACUCCAUCAGCUCUUCGUGCAAGAGUCUCAUUCGGCACAUGCUCGAGCCGGACAUCGUGAAGCGUGCCACGCUGAAGCAGGUCCUACGGCACCCCUGGCUUGAAGAAGGGGUGGCCGUGGCCUCGUGAGCUAACGGACGCAUAAAUAUGUACAGAGCAAAAUUCGGGAGGGGCCACAACCGAGGAGACGACCGCAACGAAAUAAAGAAUCGCGAAGCCCACUCGCAAAUGGA